CGAACGCGUAAAUGCCACGAAGAAGAAGCGGCUGCACCGGAAGUUGGAGGAGCGGGAGAUUGAAAGACGUAAACAAACUUCUCGCUGGUUUUCACCCUGAACCUCUGCGAAAAUGCUGAACAAGGCACCCAAAUUAAAAAGUACAGUAAAGGCAAAAAUGAAGAGUAACAUAAAUGUGGGGCCGGCGUCAGAAGCCAUGAUUGAGCUCCUGACGCUGCUGUUUCUGAACAGUCUGGCCGAAGAGGCGAAGGCUAAAGCUUUUGAAGAGAAAUCAGCAACUAUAAGAGCUCAGCAUCUCAAAGCAGUGUCCAAGGUUAGUCUGAAAGUGCUGAAAAAAGCGAGAGGAUGAAGACAGUGCGGUGCCUCAUCAUCAUCAUUUUAUCCGCAUUAUAAUGAAUGCACCUUCUUUUUUUUACUUUUUUAAUUAACUUUGUUUAGAUUUUUUGUUUUCUGUAAUUAAGUCUUUUGUUUCUUUUCUGCUGUCCUUUGUCCUUGUAAAUGUCUUAUCCUGUCAUACAAGUUUUUUAUUUGUUUGUUUGAUAAAUUGUUAUACUAAACAAA